UGUGGAUCACACUUCUGCUACUCACUCACUCACCCUCAACUCAUCGCACCAUAACACAACAUCACUUGAAGAGAGAUCACACCGCUGUUUUUCUAUCAUUAGAACUCUUCAAUUUGGAUCACAACUCUGGUUCUGUCCCUUCCCCACCAUUCACAUCACAGGAAUUUUAACUGUGUGUCACUGGAUUGUUUAUGUACUAGUCUUUUGGAAUCCCAUUGGUUGGACUGCUGGACUAGACCGCUGGACAGGACUGGUGGACAAGACUGCUGGACCAGACUUGAACCCCAUGCAGUGUAUAGUAGCCUGGAGCGAUGUCAUCUCUUCUCUCCCCCCGCAACGCAAAGGAUCAGCCACGCACGACCAAGUCACUCUCUGACUCGUCUCCCACUACACCCUCGCUGACUUCCAGAGGCCUCAAACAUGAAAGAGUGUCCAGACUGGACUCGUCUGGUGCUUACGACCGAGAAGCGUAUGACGCUCGCAGGGAAAACAGAAUGGCAGCUCGGAAAAAGGCUGAGGAAGAGGCAGGAUGCACUGACUAUAAGAAGAUGUACGAGGAGGCCAUGUCUACAAAUGAGAGACUCAAGUCCCGGCUGCAGGGCAGCAAACAGGAGCUGGUGUUGGUGCAGACUCAGCUGGAGAGAGUCACACAGAGAAAGAUCACAAUGACUGAGAGGUCCAAUGAGAGAUCCAUGCUUGAGAAAGAAAAACGGGAAACACGUGUCCUUCAGAAGAAGAUAUCAGACAUGGAAGAUGAAGUGAAGAUCCAGACAGAGCUGCAGAAUGAGAACCAUAGACUGAAGGACGAGAACGGAGCCUUAAUCCGGGUCAUCAGUAAACUGUCCAAGUGAGAGGAAGAGGAUGAUCCAAGAAUUAUGUCCAAUCUUUACCCCAACUACACCAUCACCAACCACCAACCACCGCUACAUUCAAAUCAUGACAGGAAUGACAGAUGGGCGCCAACUUUAAAUCCUUUUUUUGAUGUCCCUUUCACUUUUCUCCUCUGUUGAUGGUUGUAUUGUACACACAUAGUUCACACACAGUUAGCAUAUUAGCAUAUUUAAAAAUAAAACAAUGUAUUUAUGGAUUGUUAUAUACUCAUAUCGUCACAGCACAUUAUACUGUACGAAUGUCUACAAAGGUUUAAUCUAUGAACUGGUGUAACAGUUGGUAUAUUAUGAUGUUCUAUGUAACUAAGUUACAUUUCAUGUUUAUUUUUAAACUGCACCACCUGAAAAGUCUCCUGAGCCUUGUAUAAAUGAUUUAUAAUCCUUUUCGACACUGUAAUCCAAUGCAAUCUCUUGUAUUCACUGUCAUCAAAUGAUCAUGUGUGGUAAUGCAUCUUACCGCAGAGGCCUACAGUAUGUUUGCAUGAUCGACAACCAGGGUUGGUACACAUUUGUAAGCACUAAUAAAGCAGGUAAAGAUUA